ACAGAAUGUUAAGAUAUUAAGAAUAAUGAUGCUGAUGAAAGUACUUUUACAAAAAGCGACUGCUAAAAGACAAUUAUCGAAUAUUUCAAUUAUUAAAGCAUUUUGUGGAUUUGCAACAAUGUCUAAAUUUGAUUUACCCGAACGCUUGAUUGGGAACGAUAAGUCAGUAUGGGUCGAAUAUAUAGGAUUAGCACUAAAGUAUAAACCUUUAAAUCUUGGACAAGGUUUUCCUGACUUUCAUGCUCCGAACACUGUGAGAAAUGCUUUAGCAAAUGCAACGCUUGGUACAAAUCCUUUAUUGAAUCAGUACACCAGAAGUUUUGGACAUCCAAGAUUAGUAAAUGCUCUCGCUGCAUUAUAUUCUAAGCUUUUAAGUCGAAACUUAGAUGCAAACAAAGAAAUUUUAGUUACAUCUGGAGCAUAUGAAGCGCUAUAUGCUACAAUUCAAGGUCACACAUCUCCAGGGGAUGAAUGGAUUAUUAUUGAACCUUUUUUUGAUUGUUAUGAACCUAUGAUAAGAAUUUCAGGAGGAAUUCCUAAAUUCAUUGCCUUAAGACCAACAAAGGCUAGUGGGACAGUCACUUCUGCGGAUUGGAUAUUUGAUAAAAAUGAAAUGGCAAACUUAUUUAAUGAAAAAACAAAAGGUAUAAUUGUUAAUACUCCACAUAAUCCAGUGGGAAAAGUUUUUACAUUUGAAGAAUUACAAUUCAUUGCUGAUCUAGCAAAGAAAUGGGAUACUCUUGUAGUAUCUGAUGAAGUUUACGAAUGGUUGGUUUAUCAACCAUAUAAGCACAUAAGAAUUGCUACAUUGCCUGAAAUGUAUGAGCGAACUAUAACAAUUGGCUCUGCGGGUAAAACAUUUAGUGUAACCGGUUGGAAAAUUGGGUGGGCUUACGGUCCAGAAAAUCUGUUAAAAAAUUUACAAGUUAUUCAUCAAAAUUCAGUAUAUACAUGUAAUACACCAAUUCAGGAAGCUAUUGCCAUAGGUUUUGAAGAAGAACUUAAGAAAUUUGGACAGCCAGAUUCCUACUUUACUAGUCUUGCAGAAGAAUUACUACCAAAACGAGAUUAUAUGGCAAAAUUCCUGUCCGAAGUUGGUAUGUUUCCAACCAUACCCGAAGGUGGGUAUUUUAUGGUAGCUAACUGGACUGCAUUAGAAAACAAAGUCAAACUCGAUGAAGAAACAGAUACUUACAAGGAUUACAAAUUUACCAAGUGGAUGACUAAAAAUGUUGGUUUGCAAGGUAUUCCUCCAUCUGCUUUUUACAGUAACGAGCAUAAACAUUUAGGAGAAGAUUUUGUUCGUUACUGUUUUAUUAAGAAUGAUGAAAAUUUAAAAGAAGCAGCAGACAUAUUGUUGAAAUGGAAGAAUCAACAAUAAUUCAGAUAAUAAAAUCAUCAUGCUGUAAGAUUUUUUAUAUAAUUACAAUUAUAAAUAAAUCAUAGAUUA